AUGACCAAAGAGACAUCUGACACUGCAAUUCUUCCAGGCAUACAAAGAUGUAUUAUUCGGCACCUUCGCGGACAUCAACCCAGAGUUCACUGGACAGCAUCCAGACUAUACCAGUCCAGCUCUUGGACGCGCGGUUCGUCGACUCGAACAAACUCCGUCCUCGGCUCAACAAGAUCUUCGACGGCCAAAACUACGAACUUGAGCUGUCUCACGGGCAGUGGCGUAUUCUCGACGCUCCAAAACUCUCACCACAAAACAAGUCAAGCUUGCUCCUAUGAGCUCGCUAUCUGUGUCAGCAUAGCAGGAACGCAAAGACCAUGA